CCGCCCCAGGUGCCGGGGCCGCGGCGUUGCCGGGCGACGGGCGGCCGCUGUCGCUCCCUCCCCGCUGCUCUCCCGUUCUCCCCGCGGCCCCGGCACGGCCGGCAGCAGGACAUGGUACAAUUAAAUUACACUAUGAGCACCUGUCAGUCAAGAUAAAUGAAGAUAAACAGCUGUGACUACUAAAUUAAAAUCUCUGUAGGAGAGGAACGGGAAAUGAUGCAGAACAGCAGUGACAUUGGAAGAGAAGCAUGUUGAGGUGGACCUGAAGUGUAAUCCUGACAGAGUUUCUCAUCCAGGCUCAACUGAAGACCAGAAAACUGAUUUCAAUUGGCAAGGCAACCCAAAUCCCAGUCUGCUGAUUAAAGAUGAUGGAGAGCUGCUUAUGGAUGAACCUCUUUCCCCCAGGAAACUGAAAAUUUUGGCAGGGGUAGAUGAUCUGCAGCAAGUGAAGGCCCUGGAGAUGCGAGUGGACACCAGAGAGAUCAGCUUGGGGAAUUUUGGUGUGCAUCUGCCUAAUCUGAGAGAACUGAAGUUGAACAAUAGCUUGCUUGUAUCUGUGAGGGAUCUUGGAACCUCAUUGUCCCAUCUCUGUGUCCUGUGGAUGGCUCGGUGUGGGCUCUCAGAUUUAGACGGGAUCUCUUCCUGCAGCUCUCUAAAAGAACUCUACAUUGCUUACAACAAUAUCUCUGACCUGUGCCAGCUGACCUGGCUGGAUCACAUUGAGGUUUUGGACCUGGAAGGGAACAAUAUUGAGGACAUCAACCAGAUGCAGUACCUGCGACUUUGUUGCAAGCUAAGCCACCUGACAGUGGAGGGCAACCUUAUUUGCCUGAAGCCAAAUGCAGAAUCUGCAGAGGACCCAGACUAUAAUUACAGAGCAGAAGUAAAAAAACUCAUUCCCCACUUGAAGUAUUUGGACAGAAUACCAGCAAGCCAGACUACUCUCCUUCCUUCCAGAAAGAUGCAUGAGGAUUCUCUAAUCAUCAAGGAAUCCAUCAAGGGAGGUGGUUUAGCCAAAGACAUUUCAUGGUUAGAUCCGUAUCUUGGGGAAGUAGCAAAGCAGCCUGAAUGUAGCCCAAAACCCCCAAUGACUUCUAGACCUGGGAAUGCAGAGUGUUCUGAUAAUGUAGGGACGUGUAGUGAUGCCAGCCUCUCGUCCAGUAGCUGUCCUCUUCCAAGUCCCACUGUUUUUCCUGAUAAGCUGUUCACAGAAGAUGACUCCAGUGAUUUGACACAUGGACUCCGUCAGGUUAUAUGUGGGAACCCUGCCAAGGCCCUCCAUGUGAGGAGGCAAAAGCUAGGUCCACCUGCUGUGAGCCCUUUGAAACCAUCUGGUCUGACGACAGAAAACCUGUCUGUCUCUGGAGGAGGAAGAGAUCUGCACCAGGAAAAGGUGUCCUCUGACCCGGGAGUAUGGAUGGAGCAGCACGAGGGGUGCCUGCAAACAGGUCAGCAAGAACAAAGCAGCCAAGCACUGAAGGUGAAUAAAGAUGAAGACCGGAGCCUCACUGACAGCUUAGAGAAUGAGUUGAGGGAGGCCUGUGAUGAGGACCUCAUUGAAAGGAUUUCACUUGACCCUUCUUCCCACUCCUCCUCAGGUUCAUCACAGGCUCAGGAGGGUGCAGUGUUCUCCAACACAAAACGUUAUCUAAUUCCAUCCCCUCCAAAAAAACCUUCACCUGCCUCUGCAGUGGAUGUUGCCGCAAGACCCUGGAAAACAAGGAACCACAGGGGCAUAAAAAUACCCAGCCAAGAGGAGGACAGACAGUGUACACAGAAAUACCAGUCGAAGGCUCAUCAAGAGAACUUAGCCCAGCCUCUGGACAAAGAACCUGCUCUCGGGGGCCUGUACAGCACAAUGGCUGCCUCUGGAUCCCAAGGGCAGCGCCAGCCUGUGAGCUGCACCAGCCAGCAAAGGCCCAUUCCAGGACCAGCAGCUGUUGGGUCACCAAGGAUCAGGCCCAUCAUGGAUGAGAGCCCUUCUAAAGAGAUCAACCACCAGCAUCCAGCUGCCUGCUCAUCCACAAAAGCUUCGCAGAGGUUUAGACCAAUGAAUUCUGCUUGGCCCCUGACUGCCAGGUCCAUUCUUCAGUCAUUGCCACACAAAUCCACUGCCACAAAAACAUCUCAGAACAGAAUUCCUUGGUCCUAGAAGGUACCCAGUUGCCAGCAUGUGUUGGAGCCAUGUACACAAUGCAGCUGUGAAGGAUCAAUGCUAUCUUGCAGCUUCUUCUGCAAGCUAAACACAGAGCAGUUCAAACAAUUAAUGUGAUUUGCCUCAAUUCAGGAUACAGCUGGUCCAGAAAUAUUUUAAGAGCAACCACUGAUCAACCAAUGAGCUAAUGAAUGUCUUAUUACAGAAAAAUAUGGUUAUUUUUGCAGUCUAUACACAUUAAAACAGAACAAAUUCUAUCAUACUUCCUCUCAUCCACACCACACCCAGCUCUGUGAGUCAGGCAGGGACACCAAACAAAGCAGAGCAUGGAGCCUGCUGUCUGUGGGGUGCUGAAAGAGGUGACCUACCAGCAGCCAGCAAUGUGUCUUUUGCAGUCCUGGAUGUUAAACAUGCAAGGGUCAAAACCAAGAACUUGAGAGGAAGUGUUGACCAGAGCAGGUUCUAAGGGAGGGGUGUGUUGCCUGAGGAAAAGCCCAGAAAGGCUGGAUGGUUUCAGAGUUUAUGCCCCCACAGGAGCUCACCCUAUUCACAGGUAUUGGAGGUUCUUGUAGGAUGCAUUGCUAUGGGAGCAAAUGCUGAACAAGUGGCUUAUCCCAAUAUUAACAUGUUUGUUUGCUCCAUAGCAACCUGGAAGGAUUUGUCUCACUUUCCCUGAAUAGACAUUGCGUUCCAGAA